AUGGCGAUGAUGAUGACUGGCCGUGUGCUGCUGGUGUGUGCCCUCUGCGUGCUGUGGUGCAGUAGUGUGGUGCAGGCAGCCGAUGGUUUUAUCAGUGACGGAAGUGAUGAGAUUGGGGAAAUGGUCUUAACUUGGCAUAAUGAGUUUAAUAGGACAUGCAACGAACAAAGUACGAAGGAGGGAAUUUUGGAUGAGUCAGCGUUUAAGAGCUGUAUGCGUGUUCGCAUGAAGGAGGUUUGUGGCAGUGAUGAUGAUGGCAUGUCGAGUACAUCUCAUGAGCCUGAAGCUGAAGAGAUCUGUAAGAAGUACGCUGGCAAUACAGAGGAGCACGUCGAAUCCUCAACACCGCUAACCGAACCGUCGCAUGAUGCGGAAACACAGGUGGCAACACCAAAUUCGGAAACACUGAAGGGCGGUGCAGCAGAAAUGGAAUCAACACCGGGAGCACCAGCGGGUGAUUCACCAGCAAAUCCAACAGAAGGGCCAAAAUCAACCUCACCUGCCACCGAUACUGCAAAUAGUGAAGCUGAAAAGGACGGUAAAGAGGUGAUGCCGAAGAAUGCACCGGAAUCCAAUGCCACAAGGAAAGGAGAAGGUGAAGAAAAGCACAGUAAUACGAAGGAAACAACGGUCGACGCAGAUGCAAUGCAAAAUAACACGACUGCCGAAAAUGACGGCAGCACCGCGGUCUCCCACACCACCUCCCCUCUUUUGCCUCUUCUUGUUGCGUGUGCGGCUGCUGCUGCGGUGGUGGCCGCAUGA